GCCGUAUAGAGUUCUAUGUCUCCACCUUUUAACUCUCGUCUAACAAAUUCAUCUUCUUCAUCAUUGGUUGAAAGGCAAAAGCAAAAGCUUCCAGAGCUUACUAUUACUUGCUUGUUCAUGGAGGAAUUGCAGACUUCUCUUCGAGCUCAUGGCUUAACCGUUUCAAGCCUCCCCGAUAAAGGCCGAUCUCUGUUCGCCACCAAGGAUUUCUAUCCAGGAGAAAUAAUUAUUAGCCAAGAGCCGUUCGUUUGCGUGCCAAACAACUCCUUAACCGAAUCAAGGUGCGAUGGAUGUUUCAGCAAAAGCAAUCUCAAGAAGUGCUCGGCUUGUCAGGUUGUUUGGUAUUGCGGGAGCACUUGCCAGAAGCUGGAAUGGAAGUUGCAUCGACUGGAGUGCCAGGCGCUCGCUAAGCUUAACAAGGAAAGGAGAAAGUCUGUUACGCCCACAAUCCGAAUGAUGGUGAAGCUUUACCUUAGGAGAAAGUUGCAAAAUGAGAAUGUCAUCCCUGUUACUGCAAUAGACAAUUACAAUUUGGUGGAGGCUUUGGUUUCUCACAUGUCGGAUAUUGAUGAGAAGCAGCUAGUGUUAUAUGCACAGAUGGCCAACCUUGUUAAGUUGAUUCUUGAGCGCCCUGACAUCGACAUAAAAGAGAUUGCUGAAAACUUUUCCAAGUUUGCAUGUAAUGCACAUAGCAUUUGCGACAGUGAAUUGAGACCCCUAGGGACAGGACUGUAUCCUGUUGUUUCCAUCAUCAACCACAGCUGUUUGCCAAAUGCUGUCUUGGUAUUUGAGGGAAGGUUGGCUGUGGUACGUGCUGUACAACAUAUACCGAAAAAUUCUGAGGUAUCGAUCAGUUAUGUAGAGACUGCUGCAAGUACCAUUACUCGGCAAAACACUCUCAAAGAACAAUACCUUUUCACUUGUUCAUGUACCCGCUGUAUCAAAGUGGGUCAGUACGAUGAUAUCCAAGAAAGUGCAAUUCUGGAAGGUUAUCGGUGCAGGGACAAUAGAUGCAGUGGGUUCUUGCUUAGAGAAUCUGAUGACAAAGGAUUUGUCUGCCAACAGUGUGGCCUCAUUAGAAACAAGGAAGAGAUAAGAAAGAUAGCAAGUGAUAUCAAAGCUUUGUCAGACAAGGCUCUUAAGUCUACUUCCUCUGGCAAUCUUCAGGAAGCCAUUAUUUUGUAUAAAAGUAUCGAGAAACUCCAGAAAGAAGUGUGCCAUCCUUUUUCAAUCAGUUUAAUGCCAAUACGGGAAAAACUUCUUGAGAUAUUAAUGCAGCUGGAGGAGUGGAAAGAAGCUUUGGCAGUUUGCAGAUUAACCAUUCCAGUGUAUGAAAGGGUCUAUCCAGGAUUUCAUCCUUUGCUAGGAUUACAAUACUACAGUUGUGGAAAACUUGAGUGGUUGCUUGGGGAGACAGAUGAUGCUAUCAAAUCAUUCACCAAGGCCAUUGAUGUACUGCGAAUCACUCAUGGUACAAAUACUCUAUUUAUGAAAGAACUCUUGAUGAAGUUGGAGGAAGCUCGCUCUGAAGCUUCUUUCAAGCUUUCGUUUAGGGAGUAGCAGAUUCCUGGCAACUGAAGCGGCAUUGUCUUGAAUGUGAAGCAUACAAGCUGCAUCUGACAAUGCCUCAAUUUUCCGGUUCAAUAGUGAGAAGCCAUGAAUUUGGUUUCUCUCAAGCUCGUUGGAGAUUUUUCAGCUUCAAUGAGAAAGGAUCAUGUAUUCACUGCAAAAUCUGUAUCCGAAGGUACUUGACUGUCGUUUUAUACAAAUAUAUUUUUACUAUU